AUGUCUCUGGAAUCACCAUACUCUGUAAACUUGUCAGAUAUUAUCCAGUAUGACAAUAAUUAUGGUGACAAAUUAACUAGGUUGCUAUCUUAUAACGCAUCUGGUCCUCCAAUGUUGAGUGUUAAGGGUGUAUUAAAUUUGGGAGGUUCCCCAAGUGACUUUAAUAAUAAAGUACGAAAUUUAAUAUUAGGAAAAGAGACAGGAAUCAAUAAUACUGACAAGAUAACUGCAUUGGAUGAAGUAGAGAUUUCUGUAAAUAGUCCUGAUAAAUUACAUGUUGAAAACUGCAUAAUAGAUGCUAAUGAAAUAUUUGAUAAUGCUACAACUAACAAAACUGACAAUCUGAAUAUUAGUUUUUUAGGACUAAGUAAGAUUGAAAAAGAUAAUUUUGCGAGUACUUCGUAUUCUGAUCAAGCUAAUAAACAGGAUGACAUGAUUCUCAAGUGGAAGCAAAGACUGUAUGAGACCAUGGGAAUACUCGAUAUUGGGAUGGUAAACAGUCUAAUACUGAGCAAUUCCCAAAUUAAUGAACCAAUUAAAUUCAGUGUAUCUAAAGAGGAAGAAAUGCAGAAACUUCAUGAUGCUGUUAAUAACUGCAGAAUUUCCCUCAAUAUUUUACCUAAUGACCAUAUAACUAUUGAUGACGACUUGUCAUUAUCACUUUCAAUGUUAAAUAUUGAUACUGAAAAGAUAAUGGAAGAUUCACGUAUUGAAAUCCUCAAAGACUCACAACACUUAUCAAGUAAUGAGGAUAAAGGUAAUACCAUAGAAACAACUCAAACAAAUAUACAGCCAAUUACAUUUGAUCAGUUUUACAAAACGGCAUCACCACAAAUGAAUUUUACUGCUAAUGAUGUCUUGAAAUUUCAGCGGUCAUCUACAUCGAUAAAUUUGUCAACAGCACAGUUUCUAACUGAUCACCCUUCAUCUCAUAAUCCCAGAAAUUUCAACUUACAGCAUUAUUCUUGUCCUACUAAGACUGUUACUACUUUAAGAUUAUUAGCAGCUAUACGGCAUACUAGAGGACAGGUUAAGACAUUACAACAACAAUAUAAAAAGCAGUCUUAUAGGCUCUUUGACGUUCAACUUGUCUCUGACUAG